AUGACACACCUAAAAAUUGACACCCUACCCGAUCCGGGUACACGCUACCGGCUGGCAGAAAUCAUUGGCAACGGAGUCUGCGGAAAGGUGUACAAAGCCGUAGACACCAAUGCAAGCAACAAGAAUGUAGCGGUCAAGGUGCAAAAGUACGAAGGGGACACGAAAACCGCUAUCCAGGAGGAAUACAGGAUAUUGCGCGACUAUUCCAAUAACACUAAUCUGUUGGAUUUCUAUGGGGUCUACCGGAAGAAGCUUACCGCAGACAUAGAUGAGAUUUGGUUCAUCCUGGAGUACUGCGAAAGCGGACCAAUCAUAGAUAUAAUCAGAAAAAUACAUAAUAGCAAUCGACGUAUCAUCGAGGAUCAUAUAGCGUUUAUUUUAAGAGAAACAGCGAAAGCUUUGAUUUAUCUUCAUGAGCAUCAUGUUAUCCAUCGAGAUGUUCGAGGUAGCAAUAUUCUGCUCACCAAGGAAGGAGAAGUCAAGCUGUGUGAUUUUGGAAUUUCGCGAGACAUUAAAUCUACACUUGGUAAACGAGGAACCUGCAUUGGUUCACCCUGCUGGAUGGCACCGGAAGUUAUAACAAGUUCAAAGAGUGAAGCGGAAGCGUACGACAGUAGAGCCGACGUGUGGGCACUCGGCAUUACGGCAAUCGAGCUCGGUGAUGGUAAACCCCCGUUCGGUGACAUGCAUCCAACAAGAACGAUGUUUCAAAUUGUUCGCAAUCCUCCGCCGACGUUGUAUCGACCGGCCAACUGGACUCAGAACUACAACGACUUCAUUGCCGAAUGUUUGGAGAAAAACGCCGAUCAUCGCCCAUUCAUGAUGGAAAUCAUCGAGCAUCCGUUCUUCACACAACUACCGGAAAAUGAUUACCAUUUGAGUCAAGAGCUGAAGAUGCUAGCUGCUUCAGUUAUGAAUGUUACACUACCAGCGAAAGAUGACGUUAAGUUAAUCAAGGGAGCUCUCCAGAAACCGGAUAACAGAGUAGAGAAGAUGUAUGUCGAGGAUUUGGCCGCACUGGAGAACAUCACCGAAGAAACCGUGCUGGAAGAGUUGAUUCAUCGCUACAAAUGUGGCUCCACCUACACUUUUGUCGGUGAUGUACUGAUUUCUAUGAAUACGAACGAGAGAAUGGGAGAAUAUCCCAAAACGUUCCACUCGAAGUACGCGUUCAAAUCCCGUUCGGAUAAUGCUCCGCACAUAUUCGCCCUCGUGGACAGUGCCUAUCAGGAUAUGCUGCACCACGAGGAACCGCAGCACAUCAUCAUGGCGGGCGAAAGCUUUUCGGGAAAGACAACCAACGUGAAGCUGAGCAUGAAGCACCUGUCCAUUCUGGGCGAAGGCAAUCCCGGCGUGUUCAAUCGAAUCGAGUCCAGCUACAAGAUUAUCUCUGCGCUCGUUAACGCGGGCAGUCCACUCAAUCCGGAUUCGACUCGAAGCAUCAUGCAAAUUCAGAUGACAUUUGGUCCUUCCGGCAAACUUUCCGGUGCUAUAUUUUGGGUUUAUUUGUUGGAAAAGUUUCGCAUUUCAUCGACUAAUAUGAACCAAUCAAACUUUCACAUAUUCUACUACUUCUACGAUACGAUGGAAGCAGAAGAGCGUCUGCGUGACUUUUCGCUUGAAAGAGGGCGAAAUUAUCGCUAUCUCCGUAUACCGGAAUCUAGCAACGGCACCAAACUGAAGUACUGCCGUGACAACGUGCAAGGCAACAUUCAGGCGUUUAGAGAAUUCGAGCAGCUGCUGCUGUUGCUGGAAUUUUCGCCUGAACUACUCGAAACGGUGUACAGAACUUUGGCGGCUAUUUUGCUGCUGGGCGAGGUUCGGUUUAGAGAUGCCGAUAACGGGACCGAACUGGAAGAUUUCGCUACACCCCACAAGGUAGCCUCGUUGUUGAAGCUGGAUGAGAAAAAGUUCCAGUGGGCGCUGUUGAAUUACUGUGUUAUCAUAAAAGGUGCCGCACAGAAACGUCGCCAAACGCCGGACGAGGCGAGGGAUGCCAGAGAUGUGCUUGCGGCGACCAUCUAUAAUCGGUUGGUGGACUGGCUAAUUAAUACCAUAAAUCAGAAGCUUUCGUUCGGGAGGGCCAUUUAUGGUGAUCAACAUUCAACAACCAUCACCGACCAUUUCGGAUUUGAAUGCUUCCAUCGUAAUCAUAUUGACCAAUUGAUUGUAAACUCACUGAACGAACAGAUGCAGUAUUUGUACAAUCAACGCAUCUUCGUGUACGAAAUGAUUGAACAGGAAGAGGAGCAAGUUCCGGAGGUUCAGCUACACUUCUACGACAACAAACUGGCGGUGGACCAUCUGAUGAGCAAACCGAAGGGUGUUUUCAGCUUCAUCGAUGACGCUAGUCGAGGCCGCCACACCCAGAGCUACAUAAUCGACUCCUUACAGUCCAAUAACAGUCCGUUCAUCAAGCGUGCCAGCAAUCACGAAUUCACUGUAGCGCACUAUACCGGUCGAAUUGCUUACGACGCACGCGACAUGCCAGACAGAAAUCGUGAUUUUAUUCCACCGGAAAUGAUCGAAACGCUCAGGAACUCCGGCGAACCGAUGGUGAAGAUUAUGUUUACCAACCAGUUAACAAAAACCGGCAACUUAACGAUGGCUAGUGAAGAGACCUCGGGACAGCAAGUGACGGAACCAAAACCGAAUAAAAAGAAACGUUGGGGAGCUGCCCUGGUAGCUGAAAAAAGCAAGGCCAAAAAGAUGAUGAAUACUUUGUCGCGUGGAAUGUACUCUCAGAUUCACAAGAUGCGAACUAUUGCAAAUGUGUUCCGGGCUACCAGUUUGGAGCUGAUUCGCACAUUGGCUAUUGGACCGAACAGUGGUGGAACUCACUUUGUUCGUUGCAUCCGUUCGGAUUUGGAGUACCUACCGAACGGGUUAUCCAAAGAGAUGGUCCGCCAGCAGGUUCGUGCAAUGGCUAUUUUGGACACGGCGAAGGGUCGCCAGAGAGGCUUUUCGCAUAGGAUUCCAUUUCAGGAGUUCCUUAGACGAUAUCAGUUUCUGGCAUUUGAGUUUGAUGAGAAUGUUGAACUGACCAGGGAUAACUGUCGACUGCUGUUGAUCCGGUUGAAGUUGGAAGGUUGGGUUAUUGGAAAAACUAAAGUUUUUCUCAAGUACUACAAUGUAGAGUAUUUGUCGCGCUUGUAUGAAACGCAGGUCAAGAAAAUUGUUAAGGUUCAGGCAAUGAUGAGAGCGUUCCUUGCCAAACGAAAUAUUGCUUCGAAGCUGAAGAAUCUUCAUCGGGAGUCUGUUCGCAAGCGACAAGAGCCUUCUCAAAACGUAGACCAAGCUGCAACGAGAAUUCAAACAGCAUUUCGAGGACAUCUUGCCCGUAGAAAAUACAGUCCACUUAUAAAUGAACGAACUGGAAAGCUUGAUCCGGAAACAGCCGAUUUUCUGAAACCAUUUGCCUAUCGUUGGAGAAAGAAAUCGGUUUAUCAAAUACUGUUGCGAUACCGAGCUGCUCGUUACCAAGAUCUAGUGAACUUUUCACAGCAGGUUCACAUUUUUAAUCAAAGAUUUGUCGCCGGCGCAACUACCUGUAGUAAUUGUAUUUUAUUGGAAAGAAUAGAUUCCAACCAGCGGAACCGUGGUUUGCUGGGUCCCAUGAAACUAUCGGUUUGGAAAUUACCCUUCCGUAUGGACGACAUUCCCUUCUUCGAUACGACCUACAUGUGUGACCCGUCAGUUGCAACAUACGCUUACACCGGGAACGAUUCGGAAACGGAAGAUUGGGAUGCACCAUUACGUAGAAGGAAAAAUCUCUCCGCGGAUAUUGCACGGUCAACACACCGGGGCGGGCAGAACAAUGCCGUACAUCACAGUCUGGCUAAUGAACCAUUCCAUCGUGAUCCCACCUUGCCUAUCAGAAGGAUAUCACCUCGUCAAAAUAACGACUACGCGGCACGACGAUGUGGAGGUUCUUCACCGAUUAAUAAUUGUUCCUCCUAUUCUCCUGUCUCCUUUGCUCGGCAGAAUGUAGACGAUAUGAGAAACCGGUUCAACUCUCCCAGCCCAGGCGAUUUGGCAACCAAAACUGCCGUUUACAAGAAGAGACCAGCCCCGAAGGCGCCAGGUGGGUUUAAUAAAGCAUCAUCCCCACCUAUUGAUAAUAAACAAUACAAGAAACGUCCAGCACCGCAGCCAGUUAAAUCAUGGGAACCCAGGACCGGAGGACAUGAGUAUGGAUUCGAAGGCAAGAUUACACCCACGAAAAUCAAUCCGAUAAAGGAGCUGCAGAUGAUGGGAAGAAAAAAUUACGACGAGAAUUAUAACUCGGAUGACGAACCGCCAUUCAACUUCCAGGGAAUGUUACGCAAGACCAACUACAAUCGAGCAUCGAUGAAGCGAGCUGUAAGCGACAACCGCAUGUCUACGACUAACAUCGAUUUUGAGGAUAGCAACAGUAACAGUGUUAACAAUAACUUUUACAUGGAUAACGGUCACCGUUCGGAGGGAAAUAUUGUAUACCAGAGCAAGGUAAAGGAAACUCGGUCGAAGACGACGACAUAUAAUGAACCACAACCGGGCCCUUCCAAGAGUCAUCACUCCAUACCGACGUUCGAUGAAAAUAAAAACAACUACGUACAGGAAGAGAUCGCUCCGGGAAUCUUCGUUGAGGGAUACGUAGCGGAUCUGUAAUGGUGCCUUCGCAGAGAACUAUGUAUAACUAUUUUCGCAGUUUAUUCUUGUUUAGUG